AUGAACAUCAACAACGACAAUAUCGCGUAUUCUCGCACCUGCCAAAACCUCACACAGUCGCCUACGCAUAUGCUCACGGACACCCCCCUCAGAAACAGACGUACAGCCACAAUGAACAAAGACUCCUGCCACACGCAAAUCCACCUCCACUCCCCCCGCUACGCCGACCUGUUCGAGGACUUCUGCUCGCCGCACGCGCGGCUGCCCGACGACGAGGUCUACGUGCCGCCGCACCACCAGCCCAUCAACCCGGAGGACGAGGACGACGUGGUGCCGGACCAGCACGCCGCGUUCGGGAUCCAGCGGGCCACGCAGAAGACCCGCGAGUCCGCCUGGAGGGACCUGGGGCUGGGGGAGCUGAUGGGCAAGGGCCCGGGCGAGGGGAGCAGGGCCGCGGGCGGCGCCGUGGGAGGCGGGAAGAGGAAGGGCGGGUCUGCUAGCGGGCUGCCGAGGUAA